CAUUGAGAGACAAGAAACCGACGGAUAAUUGAUGAUAGAAUGAGAGAUUGAUAACACUCACAUAUACACACACAGACACAGAGGAGGCACAGUACGGAUGGUACACGCCAGGAACAAGACAAGAUACCCCGGGAGGGCGAGUGUUAGCCGAAGCCUUGGCAGUCUUAGGCAUGUUUACGGAGGCGGCCAGGAGGUUAGUGAUGACGUGGAUGAGGACGGCGAUGAUGGUGAUGAGGACGAGGAGGAAGAGAUGGAGAACGAUGAUGGGAAUAGGGCAUUCGACAGGGAUGGUGAUGACGAUGAUGAAGACGAGGACGAGGCGGAAGAGCUGGUGGUCGAUGAUGGGAAGAUGGAGGAGGGUCGAAGGGCAGUCAACAGGGUGAAUAGAGGGUCGGUUGGAGGAGGCGAUGGCAGGGCUGCUAGGGAGUGAAGGAGGCGACUAGAAACUCCACCGU